AUGGACCGUACCAAAGCGAGUUCCGGCAUUGUUGGCUCGGAUGAUGCGUUACAAGCUCUGGACGGACGAACUUCGUUGCUCUCGUCUGAUGAACGCAUAGAACGCAAAAACGGUUUCAAUCUCACAAGCUUGAAGGGAUCUUUGAUUUCCGGAGCACACGAAGUCGAACAAGAAAAAGAUGACAAUCAAUACUCAGAAGGCGAGGAGCUGUCUAAUCAAGAUGAACUUGAGAGCGACAACGAUUUCGACCCGAUUGACUCAUCGCCAAUGUACCAUGUUGAUGGGCAGGAUACUUACGAAGGCAAGUUUGAAAUUGGUGCCGAUGAGGAUGGUGAAAAUUCAGCCAAGCAGAAGGACGGUCUUGUUGGUGUGAAGAACAAUAUGCGGAAUGAAGAUCAAAAUGCGUAUGAGAAAAUUCUGUCUUUGGAAAAUCAAAUCUUAUCGUACAAGAAAAAAAUGGAGGAGCUGGAUGAACGUGUUGAAGAUCUCGAAAUCGAAAAGGAAAUGGCACAAGAAGAGAAGCUUGCUUUAGAGGAUGAAAGAAAUAGUUUAGAACGACAAAAGGAUUUUGCGUUGGAGAAGUUACGUCUGAUGUCGAUUGACUACAUAAACAUUGAAAAUAAACUGGAGGAAAAAAACAAAAAGGAAAUGGAGCUGGAAAAUAAAGUCAAGACUUCAAAUGAGGAAAUUCGAGAGUUGAAAGAAGAUCACGCUAUCUUACUGGAAGAGCGCAAUAUUUUUGAAGAGCAAAAUAAAGAUUUGUUGAAGAAUGUAGAGGAACUUAACAAAAAAAUAAUCGAACUGGUUGAGCAGAAGACUAAAUUAUCAAGCAAACUGGAGCAUUUUCAAAGAGAUCAUGAGAAGUUGGAAGCUGAACACGCGACCAUGAAAGAGGAUAAUUCAAAACAAAUAGACAGCUUAGGGGAGGAGGUGGGUUUGCUCGAAGAACAACUCGCUCGUAUUCAAGGCGGUGGCGAAUGGGUUGAAGAAUAUGAAAGAGAAAAUGCGAGAUACGGACCACGUAUCAAGCAACUUGGAGAGACAAACAGAAAUUUAGAGAAACAAAACCGAUUUUUAGAAAAUCAAAGGAGUGAGCUACAAUCUCGCCGAGAUUACUUGACUAUAGAAAAGGAAAAACUUCUUUCACAAGUAGAGGAUUUAUCAACUAACAUGGAGAUGAUCAGUAAAAACAUGAACUCGGCGAAAGAACGCCAUGAAGCACGGAAGAUUGAGUUUUCCGAACAAAAAUCAAGACGCACGGAAGAAAUCAAGCAGGCAGUUCAUCUAAACGAAUCUUUGAGACAAGAAUUAGACGAAAUUCUCGAAAAGCGAAGAAUUUUGGAAAAUCAAGUUAAGUCAGCCGAAGUUGAAACUUCUGACUUGUUAAAUAAAGUUGAGAAUCUGGAGAGUCUGAAAGCUAACAUUAAUGACUUGGAAAAUCUACAUUCAAUGUCCACAGGGAAGGAUGCACUAUAUUCCAGUAAUGGGACGAAUCAUAAGUAUAAUAAUGGAAAUCAGGAGGCAAUUAAGAAAAAUGAGCAAUUGCAAUCUGAAAAGGAUGUGCUGAAGACAGAAAAUGCUAAACUAUCAAAGAAUCUGCAAGAGAUUAAUGACAGGAAUCAACGUUUAGAGAUUCAGCUUAGUGAAAUGGUCGAUAUGAUGGAGAAUAGAUCAUGUGACCCGCACAUAAAACCUGCAGAAACUGCAAAACCUCAUAGGUGGACUUUAAAUUUGGGUUCAGAAGAUGAAGGGAGAUUUGAACGUUUGGAAAAUGAGAUAUGUUCCUUACGUACACAAUGUAGUUCGAUGCGGGCCGAAUUGCUCUCCAAAAACGAACAAAUUUCGCAACUGGAACAACUUCGUUUGUCACUGGACUCCACAAAACGUCAGCUUUUGGAACAUGAAAAUGUGAUCGUCGAGUUGAAAUCGAAGAUAGAGCUGAACGAGUUAGACAUCAAAUCCAAAGCACUUAAGAUCGAGCAACUGCAGCAGUGUAAUAGCGAGACUUCCAACAACAUGACACAAAAUGUUGGAGACAUUUCUCAUAGUACCAUGAGUUCUAGUAAUGAUUCAUUCAUUUUUCAAUACGAGAAUAUGAUAGAAGAGUUGAAGGCAAAACUUGAUGAUGCCUACGUUGAAAAUGGUAAAUUGCUGCAUCAACUUACCCAAGUGGUUCAAAGAGCACAGGAUGAUAUCAAAUUAACGAAAAUUGAAGAGCUCCAGAUUCAAAAUGUGGAGUUGCAACGCAUAUUGAGGUUGAAGGAGGAGGAGUUGAUUAGGGAACAGAACAGGAACUUUGACCAUCCGGCAAAGUCUUACUCUACGCGAAACGAAGGGCAAAUUCAUGGUGAAAUUGUCGAGGGGAUAAGUGAAUUGGUGAAAAGUUCAUUUAAUUCCACGGAUAAGGUAAUGGAUGUUUCGCUGUCGCAAGACCUUUCAUUCUUGCGCAGUGGUGAUUAUAAUCUUCGGUCAGCAUACACUCCGCGCAGGUCAAGCAUGAGAUCCAUUCAACCAGAAUUACAGGCACUAAAGGUCCAACUAGGAAAUCUACACGAACAACUUGAGUCAAAGAACCUUGAUGUUGAGAAGGCAAUAUUCACCGCCCAAAAUCUUUCUAAGAAGCUUUAUGGCGCGCAAGAAAAAAUCCAGUUCAUGGAAGAUGGCAUACAAAACACUGAUAAAGCAAUUUCCCUUUUGCGAGACGAAUUAAUUCGCAAGCAACAGGUAAUCAAUGAAAUGGAAUUAAAAUUGCAGGAUAUAAUCUGUUCACAAUGCAGAGGCCCAAUCUCGAACAAUGGUUUGAAGGAGAUAUCCGCGAGCGCUGUUUCGAAUUACAGUAUGAUGAUAGAAAAGGAUAAUGGGAUUACUCUGAAAAAGAACAUGCAGACCGUGGAAUACGUUGAUGAACUAAUGAGGGUCGUCUCGCAACAAAACAAUUUCGCAAACCUCAGUAAAUUAAAUAUCUCACAGUCAAUGCAGAAUAUUCAACAAAUGGUUGAAGGUUUGCAUCAACAAGCCUCACAUAUGCAGAAAGUCAUGGAGGAAAACACUGAAAUACUUAAACGCCUGGCGGAAUCGGCAUUCGCGGGAUCUCCCAAGAAACAACGAAAACAAACCCCACGCUCAAACAAUCUCAAUCGUGCUUCAAGGAUGAUCGAUGACAUGCUGGAAAUAAAACGUGAAGAUCUGAAAGCAAUUGUGGAUGCGGGAGAAAGCAUGAUUAAUAUUCCCGCAAAUAUCGUUUCUCUAGUUGAUGGCUUUGCUGCCACUGUUUUUGAAGAAGAACUCAGUAAGUCAGGGAUCGAGGUUCAUGUCCAAUUAUUCGAGAAUUACAUGAAAAGGAUUGAGACAUUCGAAGUUUUACAAAAGCGAAUUAUCCAAGACGUCAAUGAUAAUCGAAAGAUUUUAAGCGGUGAUCUCGAUAAUAAUAGCAAUCACAGUCUUUUGAUAACAAGCAUUCAUGAAUUAUCAGCGGACAAUAUGAAAUUAUCGGCUCAGAUAAAAGCGUUAAUAAUGUCACUGAAAUCGAAAGAAAAUAUCUUUUCAGAUAACAGCAUUUUCAUAACCUCUGUUAAUCGAGGAUCGCAUGAAGAAGUUGAGAAAUUACGCAAAUUGGUCUCGACCCAGGGUCAAGUUAUUGAGAAGUACGGAGAGGCUCUUGAGUUGUAUAAAUUGAAAGAAGAGCAGCCACAGAAGGAAGAAUCUAAAAUUGCUUUGAUCACGAACUGUGAUCAAGACGACCAACACGGUUCGCAGACACAACUCAAAAAACUUCAUGAGGCGUGGAGGCUAGAGGUAAACGCUAAUGCAUCCCUUCGUAUAAUAAUUAAGGAGAUGAAGGCAAGAUCGGAAAGCAAGGAAGAGGAAAUGAAAAAAAAAAUCGAAAUUUUAGAUGCAGAACUUAGCAAUGUAUUUGAACAACUUCAAAUAUUUAAAUUGCGUGCAGAAAAAUUUGAGUCCAAAUUCCACCAAACGGAUGCAUCUCUUAAGAAGCAACUUGAGAUUGGAGAGAAAAUGCGGAAAGAGUGGAACGAAGUAGUUGAAGAGCAAGCCAAAAAUAUGGAGGUAUUUAAGCAACGUAUGAACAAAGAGCGCACUCGACUAAAGGAAUCUAGCACCAAAACUAAGGCUCAACAGCUUGCGGAAUUAGAAACGAAUCACAAGGAACUUGAAGAUUCUUGGAAACAGGAGAAAGAAACCUUGAAUAAAAGAUUGAGAAUUCAUAAGGAAACAUCUGAGCGUGAAAUCAAAAAUUUACAGAAGGAAGUAGAAAAAUUGAGCUCGAUUAUUAAAGAUCUGAAAGAAGAAAUCUCGUCUAUUACAGCAAAUAAAAAGACCUUAACUUUGGAAAAAGCUCUUUUGACUAAAGAAAAAACGGAAUUGCAACUGCAGUUAGAUAACAUGCAAAAAGAUGUCGCCUCAGAACGCGCAUCCCAAAAGAUAAAGGAUCUACAAGGCGAACUUCAAGCCGAAAAGGAGAAGACAUCAAAAUUGAAUAAAGAAAAGAAUGCCGCAAUCAAGGAGAAAUCCGAGUUGCAGCGAAAGUACUUGAUUUCUAAUGAGAUGAAAGAAUCACUUGAGGUUGAUAUACGUGACGAAAAAGAGCAUGUAAAAGCUCUCGAAGUGGAGAUUCAAAAUAUCACUGAUCAAUUGCAGUCCGAGCGCCGUGACCAUCAAUUCAAGAGUGAACAACUAUCGAGAUACGAAGACGAAUUGCAGGCUGUACAAGAACAAUGCAAUAUGUUAAGAGAAAAACUGGAAGAAAUGCAGGACACUUUAAGCCAUGAGCGUAAUCAAUUUAAGAUACAAUUACAACACAUUGAAGCGGCAAGCAAACAUCGUGGCGCACCCAUUGAUGACGAAGUCAAGAUAAUUUUGGAUAAAAAUUCGAAGCUGCAACACGAUCUCAUCGCCGCAAAUAACAAACUUCAAGAGUUAAAGGAAUCGGCGCAGAACGAAAUCGAUGCCCUUCAAGAAGAAUUCCAGGUCACGCAACGGCGACUAGAAUUAAUGGAAGAAUUGCAGGCGAUUAAUACCAAUUCGGUUGAUGCCAAAAGGGACGAAAUUCAUGAAGAGUAUCAGCGGAAACUUGAAGAACAGGACGCAAAAUAUAAACACAAGUAUCAAUCUGAACUAAGGAACGAGCGAAAGAGAUACAUUGAAGAGUGUGACCUAUUAAUUAAAGAGAUUCGAUAUCUUAAAACUAAAUGUCUGCGAGAAUCAGGAUUCCGUGCUGAUUUGAGUUAUCAAAAAAAGUUUAUGAUGUUGUUGCUUGGUGGUGCCGAAUCAUGUGAACAAGCAACCCUCCUUUUGAUAUCCGACAUACAAAAUCCUGUCCAUCGCAUGACGCACUUGAGACCUUCACCGUUGUUGAUUAAAUUUCGCGGCGCUGUAACGGCCAUACUGGCAAUCCAAAGAAUGAGGUAUUAUUAG